CGAAGUCAAGACGCAUUCGAAUCAACUAUCAAUUCCCGCCAUUUCCAUGCCAAGGCUGCACCGCUGUGCUGUUCCUUGUCCUGACCGUGCAAUGCUGAAGCUCCUUGUCCGGGCCGACCGUGGUCCUGGGGUUGAGGCUAACGGGUGACAUCAUUUGGCCUACAGAGCCUCACCUUUGGCCGAUAUCCCCAGAUAGUGUCGACUCAGUGCCGAGUCUAGUGCAUCAUCACCCUCCGACUUCGUAUCCAAGUCUCAAUGUGGACUGGCGACCUCAUUUGUAUCAGUGAAAUGAGCGCCACAACUGCUACCGGUGGCCGUUUUGAAGAAUCAGAAAGCCUAGAACGUUAUAGAAUUGUUCACUUCGCUCCUAUUCUGUCGCUCCUCUUUGUUCACAUGCUUGCUUACACGCGCCGGAAAUAAUGAAGCGCCUCGGAACGGCCGUGACCAUCACCGACCCCCUCGUCAAGUACAACGCCCUCCUUGCAACUGGUACUUUUCACCCGGAUCCUGCGCAACACCGUCUGGCCCAUCACCUUCAGAAGCUCUAUCUGCGGUUGAAAGACUAUCAGCCGUCCACUGAAUAUCGCACAAGGCUCCGUCAAAUCACAGAGUCUAUUGGGGGUGCUAGAGAAAAGGAGACAGACCAACUGGCAGUCAGCAGCCAUCCCAUCAGGCGCAACCCUCUUUUCGCCAAAUUCUUUAGAUCGACAGAAGGUCCACGAGACAGUCUCUCCUUGACACGUAUUCUCACGAGCCAUGAGAGUGCCAUCGAUAUCGACUCCCCCAAGGGGCUGUUCCUCUCGGGUGAGGUCGGCACGGGCAAGUCCAUGUUGUUAGACCUCCUGGCAGACGGUCUGCCCACGAGCCGGAAGCGGCGUUGGCAUUUUAACACCUUUAUGCUUUAUGCGUUCGCGAGGCUUGAACACUUCCGAACGUCACGCCCAAGUAUUGCUAGCGAAGACCAGCAGUGGUCAGUGCUAUGGAUGGCCAAGGAGAUGAUAGACACUUCGCCAAUUCUGUUUUUAGACGAAUUCCAGCUUCCCGAUAGAGCUGCGGCAAAGAUUCUCAGCAACUUGUUUAUUGCAUUCUUUCAGCUCGGUGGCGUGCUGGUUGCCUCGUCCAAUCGCAUGCCGGACGAGCUCGAAAAAGCUACGGGUACAUAUGGAUCACCGCCCCCGCCCUCGGGUGGCCUGGUCCGCAGCGUUUUUGGGUUGGGUGCUAGGAAGCAGAGGGGAGAGCUGUUUGGGAGCACGAGCGAUUUCGCAGCCUUCCUGGAGGUUUUGAAAGCGAGAUGCGACUUUUGGCAUAUGGAGGGCGCCCAGGACUGGCGACGUCGAGAUAUACAAGAGCACCUUGGUCUGCAACAGAGAGCCGACUCGGCAUCUGGAUCAACUACCUCCCCUUUGGCCUUGGAAAAUUCAGAAUCCGACCUGUUGCUUGUCCGUGAUGACACAGGGGAUUCAACAACGCCACGAAAAUACGCACUCACGGUAGACAGUCCGGAAACUUGGAACCAAAUGGUGCUCGAGACUGUCAAUAACCCGCUUCUGUCAUCAAUCCCCUGGGAACCGGCAACCCUAGUCGUGUAUGGGAGGCUGGUCAGUGUGCCGAGACAGUAUCAAGGCUUUACGCACUGGGAUUUCGACGAGUUGGUACACAAGUUUGGGCCGGCUGAUUAUGUUACAUUGGCCUCGAAUUAUCAUACGUGGAUCAUCGACAAGGUGCCUGUCCUGCCAGUGUCCAUGAAAAAUGAAGCCCGUCGUUUUAUCACCUUGCUGGACGCGCUGUACGAGGCUCGUUGCAAGGUCCUUAUCCGGGCUGAGGUCGGUCCAGACAACCUCUUCUUCCCAGAGCAAAAGCGGCGCAAAUCCUCAAAGGCCGGACUGACUACAACAACACGUUCUUCCGCUCCUGGCAUGAAAACAACUACCACCGCGGAAGAAGGCGAACAUGAGGACGCGACGUACUCCGAAACCAUUGCUGAAGUCUACCAAGACUCUGCGGCCCCAUUUAGACCCAACAUAUCGAGCUACAACGAGGGCCCGCCUUCACCCUCCAACAGAACCGCCAGUAUUCAUGCGGAAAUUGACUCAGACUUCGGAAUCCUCGGUCAAAAGGUCGACUUCGUGAACACAUCUGCAUUCACAGGCGAGGAUGAGCGCUUCGCAUAUAAGCGAGCAGCGAGCCGGCUGUGGGAGCUGUGUAGUGCAUCCUGGCAUGGCCGUCUUGGACCUCCGGAGGCCUGGUGGUCACCGGUGCCCCCGGAGGCUCGUCACUGGGAGAGCAAAGAACCGACAAAACCCUUGGACAUGAGUUACUCGGCACAUAGCAAGACCCCAGGGGAUGUUGCUUGGGGUCCCUCGGUGGACUUGGAGGAGCCAGCGGGACUCUCCAGGUUACGCGUAGAUGAGCUUAAGAACGGCAGGCGUGAGUGAAUCUCGGUAACAUGAGAUUUCACAAAUACUGGAUUACAAUGAACUCGAGCUGAGGCUUCUUUCAGCUGGCAGACAUCGUCCGGAUGGUCAGGUAAGUUGAUGGGCGGUUGAUGACUUGGAGCUCUGAAACAUGUCCUGUGGAUCCCACGCUUUCAGGCGC